AUGGGAAGAAUAACGACAAUCAGAGACAUCCUAGGAGUUAUCAAAGAUAAGGUAUCCUUGUCCCAAGCAGCCCUACUCUCAAAAUCCAACUCUUCACUUUCUCUCCGCCUAGCCAUAGUCCGUGCCACCACCCAUGCGCCACCAGGUCCGCCCGAUGACCACCACCUCUCUGCUAUCCUAUCUUUUGGAAACAGCUCACGCGCCACCUCCUCGGCUGUCAUCACCGCACUCAUGGACCGCCUGAACUCGACUAGCAACUGUUAUGUCGCCUUCAAGUGUCUUUUAAUUAUUCACCACAUCAUUAAGCGUGGACCCGUCAUACUUCAAGACCAGCUUUCAGUUUUUCCGGCCUACGGUGGACAUAAUUAUCUGAAACUCACAGCCUUUCGGGACUGCGCCACCGCCGGAACAUGGGCUAUCUCUGCAUGGGUGAGAUGGUAUGCGCGUUACUUGGAAACCCUACUUUUCACUUCUAGGGUUUUGGGUUAUUUCCUCUGUUCAUCAUCAAACAGCAAGAUUAAAGACAGUCAAGAAGGAAGAAUCCCAUCUUUCUUGACCGUUGACUUGAUCAAGGAUGUAGAUUCUCUGAUUGGACUGACAGAAGAAAUGUGCAAAGCACCUGAUCCUACCCAAGUCGAAGGCAACAUUUUAUUAAACGAGGUCAUGAGAUUAUUGGGAGAAGAUUAUUUAUCAGCAGUUAAUGAAAUUUUUUUAAGAUUCGGUGAGUUCAAGAAGAGACUGAGUUGCCAGAGUUUUGGUGACUCAGUUGAGUUAAUGCAUGCAUUGAAGAAGCUAGAAAAUUGUAAAGAUAGAAUGGGGAUUCUUUUUGGCAUUAAGAUUAAGAAACCUUCAAUGGAUAUGUUUUGGGGUUUGAAUGAAGAGUUGAAAAACGAAAUUGAGGUGUUGAAGGUGCACAAAGAAGGUGGGAGAUCGUGA